AUGAACUCUCUCAGCUAUCUCUCUCGUCAAUUCGACGCGUUAGCUUCCGCAAAGACUCCGCCACCUACGCCGGCCGCCGAAAAUGAACGUGGCCACUACCUGGAUGAAUCGCGUCCUCGAUCCGAAUCGUCCUCACUUCCGAGCGCGAAAAGCUGGUCUACCAAGUCCUUUUUCCUCCCUCCCAAAGAUUCUCGUUCCUCCAAAUCCCGUCUCAAACGUUCCGCAUCGUCUCCCGCAGACGUCAUAGCCCUUGCCUCCGAACGGCCGCAGCCCUCAUCGGCUUCAGCGGCUGUAUCGACCACAUCCCACGACACCGCGCCCACUGUAAUCUACCUCGAGGCCGUGCUACGUCGAACCUUCAUUGUACGAGUGCUCGUGCUCACAUGGAACGCGUUACGCGCAGCUCUGGCGUCGGUGACCGGGCAUGCAGGCUUCCUCCGGAGGAGACGUGUGGCUGUUUUGGAGAGCGAACUGCGUGUGCUGGAGAACGACAGCGGCGACGAGGAGCCGCCAGCCCGCGUGCCCUCUGUCGCACCACCACCACUACCACGUCCAUCAAACCCGACUGCCGCGGCUGACGAUACAUCACCAGCCGUGUCCACUCCUUCCAUGCAUACCGCCCGCCGCACCCCGUUCCUCUUGCCAAAGACUCUGGUUCUCGAUCUCGAUGAAACGCUCAUCCACUCCACAUCGCGACCGAUGCAGUCCGGCAGCUCCGGCUUUCUCAGUCUCGGGCGGAGCAACUCCUCCGCGAUCAUGGUCGAAGUCGUUUUGGGGGACCACAGCACGGUAUAUCACGUCCACAAGCGACCGUUUGUCGAUUUCUUUCUCCGGACGGUUUCUGGAUGGUACACUCUCGUUAUAUUUACGGCGUCUGUGCAAGAGUACGCCAAUCCAGUCAUUGACUGGCUAGAUGCAGGCCGGGGGAUACUGGUCCACAGAUUCUACCGGGAUUCCUGCACGCAGUUGCCUAACGGCUCGUUUACGAAAGACCUAUCCGUGGUCGACUCGGAUCUUUCGAGGGUCUGCAUUGUCGACAACUCUCCGAUAAGUUACAGAGUGAAUGAAGCGAAUGGGAUUCCAAUAGAGGGCUGGACUCAUGAUCCGUCAGACGAGGCGCUGUUAGAUUUGCUUCCGGUCCUAGACUCUUUGCGUUUUACGUCCGAUGUCCGUAGGGUGCUCGGGCUUCGUACAGCAGGAGGGAUAUCUUAA